UUCAUAUUUUUUGAUAUAUUUACGUUAAAUUUCAAUUAUUGGAAAUUGAUAAUAAUUUUGCGAUAUCUGCUGAAAGCAGACUAUUGUGCUCUUAAAUUCAAUGUUUAUGAUUUAAAUAAAAUCGGAAGAUGCCGGUGAAAUUAAUUGGUAAAAUAAGCCCUUAUACGGGCAAUUAUCUCUUUGAAAUUUUAAAUAAUUUAAAGAAUUAUGGCAUAGGUCGUGUUCUAAUGCGAAAUAGUUAUAAAAAGUAUCCAGAAUUAUCUUUUUACGUCAUUCGAAAAGUUGUACCUUUGCGUGAACUUAUUGGUGUUGGACCUGAAGAAAUGGUAUAUGGAAAUGUAUGGGCUGAAGAAGUAUUUAGAGGUCGAAAAUUGGAAGGCAUGAAACUGAUUCAAGAUCCCACCUAUCUACCGGACUGGCACCUCAUACCCAGGGAGGAUGAGGACGAGUAUCUGAAUUAUCAGUCGCAAGAAACGGUCAAAAUCCUUCCGAAGUACGACUCCCUGCCUCCCGUGCUGGCCGAGAUCGCUCGGAAGAAGAACCCCCAAGAGGAGCCCAAGAUGGAGGUGGUGUAUCGGAACCUAUCGGAGCAUCUAUUGUACAAAAUUGCUGAAGAUGGUAUGACACCUGAUUAUAAGCGGAAGGUCCAGAUGCCAGACAAAUUCAAAACAGGAAUCAGACCAUAGUUGUUGUUGUUGUUUUUUAUCUAAUUUUAUUUUUAUGAUUCUGACUAUUAAGUGUUCUGACUCGCAAUUAAAAAAAAAAGUAGUAUUCAUUAAAA